UCGUUAAAUACUGAAACGAACAUGAAGAACAACGGCUUUGGCAAUUUGGAGGCGAAGGCGGCGGAGGCUCAAUUCUGUUGAAUUGGAGCAAUACAACCAAUAUAAUUGCCAUAAUCCUGUGCUAUUUGAGUGAAUUCGAGAGAACCUAACAAUCUGGUAUCAGAGCCUCAUCCCCGUUGUGCUAGUUCUACCGAAUUCUGCUGCAAAAUCCUGAGGGAGGAUUGGGAUUUUUCUUCGGAUUAAUCCCGCGAAAAGGCAACUUGCCUCCCCUAGGUUAGCGGAAUUUGGUCUAGCCCUAACACCGAGACUCGGAGAUGGCGCAGGAUAGCAGCAAGCUGGAUCUGCUGCUGAAAAUGGUGGAGGAGAACGAGAAGAAGCGCGUGGUGGCGGAUGAGCGCACUAGGGCGGAGUAUCUGGAGCUCAAGAAGAUGGUGGAAUCUAGAAUUCCAGCCGUGGAGAGGAAGGUCGAGGAUAUCGGAGAAGCUUUCCAGGCGAUGAAUACCAAAGUGGAUCUGAUCGAGAGCACUCUUCAGCGGCAAAUCAAGACUGAGAAGACAUCGGGUGGCAAUGGGAAGAUUGGGACCGCUUCGGGGCCAUCAUCUCCAAAGUUCUCCGGUACUGCAUCUGAACAAGCCACCUGGGAAGAUCUGGAGGAGCUGAAGGCAAGGUUCCCUAAAGCAAUGGCUUGGGGACAAGCCAUUUCUCAAGGAGAGGGGAUUGUCAGGUGUCCACCUGUUCCACCUGACGAUGAUGUCGCUGAAGAAGAAGAAGAGAAGCUGGCUGAAGAAGAGUAGGAAAAGCUUACUGAAGAUGAUGGAGAAGAAGAGCAGAUAACUGAAGAGGGCGAGCUGGUGGCACGCGAGGAGGAUACUCAGACUAAGGAAGAUGACGCACAGAAGACACGUCUAGCAAGGCCCAAGAAGCCCAACCCAAAGUACCAUGGCGCAGAGUGGGUGGCGUGACAACUGGCGUGCGUGAGUUGUACCCGUGAGAGAGAGUUGCGUGUGGGAGUUGGCUUGUAUCGUUAAAUACUGAAACGAAUACGAAGAACAACGGCUUUGGCAA